GUGCGCACUGGCUCCCCUCACUCCAACUACAUCUCCUUACCAAGAAAACUCCUCCAGGUUUCUGGAAGACUUUUGGAUUGCUUUGUUUGGAUGUACCGAAAAAUAUUACAAACAAUUCAAAAGAAGGAUCGAGGGAGUGUAGGUUGUUUCAUCAGCGCGAGAGGAGGCAAACCCCAGUUACGCGUCAGUUUGAGAGAUUUAUCCGACAGUUCUGGAAACGGCGCUCGAGACGCGCGUAAUGGAUCGAUAAUACGAACUUCUGGGAGUGCAAAGAAGCUCCUGUAACUACUGUGUAACCACUAUUUUGGUGGAAUAAAGGCCCACCAAAGAGACUUCAUCAGUAUAAGAUAUAUUGUGCAAGAUAUUUUUUGAGAUCGACGCGCGCUGUGAUGGAUGGGGCAGUUCCCUUGAUAUUGAUGCUGGUUUCGCUUUUCUCUGGAGAUGUUCGGAGUGCCUCGUAUCCUCAGCGGUAUAACCUGUACGCUGGCACUCAGACACAGACGCAGCCUUUAAACGGGGCGCGGGCAGCGAGCAGACACAGAAACUGGUGUGCAUAUGUGGUGACGAAGACUGUGAGCUGCGUUGUGGAGGAUGGGGUAGAAACCUACGUGAAGCCUGAUUAUCAGCCGUGUUCCUGGGGCAUUCAGUGCCCACGUGUUGUAGUAUAUAGGACCUACAUGAGGCCCAGAUACAAGGUGGCAUAUAAAAUGGUAACAGAAAUGGAGUGGAAAUGCUGCCUUGGAUUCAGUGGUGAAGACUGCAAUGAUGGACCGAACGGGGGAUCUGAUACUCAGAUCUCAACAGUCAGACCUUGGCCUAGGCCUUCACAACCAGGACAAACUGGAACUGGUACUGGCCAUGGACCGAGUGGAGGGAACGAGAGAGGUGACAAUCACAAGAUGAAACAAUUGGAGGACAAAAUCCAGAGACUGACCAAAGACCUAAAUGACCUGCAGUCUACACUGCGUGGCAUGAAUGAGAGAUUCCAGGAGGAAAUGCACAAACCUGGUUUUAAUAGCCAAAAAACGCCAGCUGAUGCAGCACAGCCAGAAAUGAAAGAGACCAUUCAUAACAUACAGACCAAGCUGGAUCAGUUGGACAACCGGACUCAAGCCCAUGACAAGACCCUGGUCAGCAUCAAUAACCACCUAGUGAAUGGAAAGGGUGGAGGUAAUGAUCUAGAUGAUGGAGAAAUUGUAGGAAAGAGGUUCACCACCUUGAAGGAGGAAAUCCUCCGAGAACUUGAACAUCGAGUGACGCUGUCCUGUUCUGCCUGUCAAACUGGGGUGGAGGACCUGAGACGCCAACAGCAACAAGAUCAGGAGAGGAUCUUGGCUAUGGAGAAGCAGAUCAGUGCCAUGGAUCAGCGUCAUCGCCAGACUCUUGAUGGUUUACACCGAGAACUUAGCCGCUCUCAAGGCUGCUGUGAUACAGUGGCAGACCUCAGAGUAAGACUCAAUGAUAUGGACAGGAAGAUAAGCUCCACAUCAGAGGCCUAUGACAAGCUGCAGGAUCGUUUGAACAGAGAACUUGGAGGAACUGGAGGUGGUGGAACAUAUGGCGGAGGAAUAGGUGGACAAGGAGAAGUCCCUAAAGUGAUGGAAGAUAUCUUCACCAAUCAUCUACAAGAUCUGGAGAGGCAGCUCAAUAACACUGUCCAGAGGACAGAGGAAAAUUGUGCUUAUAUGGAGAUUAACAUACGAGACUCGUUUCAGCAGGAACUCAGAAAUCUUCGCAAUGAAUUCAAUAAUCGUAUUCAUGACCAGGAAUACAGGAUUAAUGACAUGGACCUUGAUAUUGGAAACGUAAAGGAAACCGUGUUCGAUCUUGAUAAGCGCUUGUCUCGGCUAGAGAACACAACAUCCUAUAUAGACAGAAGGUUAAGCGAAUGCUCCAUUUGCUCUGGCUCAAGUUCUGGAUCAAGUCCAGGGGGUGGAAGUCCAAGUCCUGGUGACACAGUGAAGUCUUUAGAGUGGAGAGUCAUUGCCACUGAAGAUGAAAUCAAGAGGUUUGACACAAGAUUCAAGGAUCUCUCAGUGUCUGGUGAUUCCCUUGAGGAUAGGGUGAUUAACCUAAGCCAUGACGUUCGCAAGAUCAAAGCUCUAACUGGAGACAAUGGGGAGCACUUCAACAGGAUUGUGACUGAGAUUGAGAACUGUGACAUUUGUAGCACAGUGGAAGAUGACCUGAAGAAACUCAAGAACAUCACAAACCACGCCAUGGAUAGAUGGCAAAAGGAAAUUAACUACAUUAAAGGUAAAUUUGACACUGGUCAGACGGGAUGUGUAGAUGUGUGCUCCAAUCUGCAAGACGAGAUGGAUCGGUUGAAAGUGGAGGUAGAGAAAUGCAGUGGUCAGUGCAAGAUCACAUUGAAUCCUCCUACAGGAACCGAUUCAGGAACGGGUCACCUAGAUGACCCACAAAAACCACUUGAUGGUCACAGUGUCGUUAGUAGCAAUAGCGGGGACCUCAGGUCAAUCCAAGGAGAAUUGUCAGAGGUUAUCUUAACCUUCAGCUCCAUAAACGACACACUAAAAGGUCUGGAACAUGUGGUUCACAAACACGACAGUGUGAUUACUGACCUAGGGAACACCAAAGACAAAAUUAUUACAGAAAUUGACAAGAUCCAGCAGGAAAUGACAGAGCACAUAGAGGACAGCAGGUUACGCUUUGACAAUGUGGACCGGGAUGUACGCCGCUUUGGGAACAACUUUGUGGUGGAGAUGGGUGACUGCAAGAGGACUGAAGAAGGUCUGGAUAAGAGGCUUUCUAAACUUGAAUUGGUUUGUGGCCAACUUGACUCUGUCUCCGACAGUCUGCAGAAGAUCAAAGAAGGUUUGAACAAACACGUGUCUGGCCUAUGGAACUGUGUUAGUGGGCUAAACAACACAGUGACUUCACACAGUGGGUUCAUUGAAAUCCUCCAGAACACACAUCUGGAUGAUAUUCAUGGCAACAUCAAGAGACUGAAUUCCUCAAUGGUCCAUAUCGUCAAGGAGUUCCAGAACUUAGCUGAGCAAGACAUGACAGGUUCACCUGGACCACCAGGUCCUCAAGGGCUCCCUGGUCCAGUGGGGCCUCCAGGUAGGGAUGGACCACCAGGUGUUCCAGGCAUACUGGGGCCAAGAGGACCUCCAGGUCUCAGAGGAGAGCAAGGUCUCAAAGGAGAGCAAGGUAUGGCUGGUGCAGACACAAACAUACCUCGUCUGUCCUUCUCAGCCACUCUCACAAAUCCAAUGGUUACAUCUGGAACAAUAAUUUUUGAUAAUACCCUUGUAAAUGAAGGAGACCGUUAUAAUCCACAAACAGGUAUCUUUACUGCACCACUCGAUGGACGUUAUUUCUUUAGUGCCAUCCUGACGGGCCACAAAAAUGAGAGGAUUGAAGCCGUGCUGUCCAAGUCUAACUACGGCAUGGCACGAGUAGACUCAGCGGGUUACCAACCGGAAGGACUGGAGAACAAACCCAUGGCUGAGGCCAAGCCAACACCAGGUUCUCUGGCUGUCUUCAACAUCAUCCUACCCCUUCAGGUGGGAGAUACAAUCUGCAUAGACCUGGUCAUGGGCAAACUGGCCCAUUCAGUGGAGCCUUUAACUAUCUUUAGUGGUAUGCUUCUAUAUGAAGAUGUUUAGGGGCCUUUGAGCGGCACUGAUUCUAACAGAGACUGAGGCUUAUCAGAAUCAGAGGAUCAGCAAAACGACGGGGCUAGAAAGUGACACUCUUAAAUGACAAUUUCUGCAUGGGAUAGCAAUGCAGACGGGUGCAUUGCUUUUCCUUAUAUAAAUUUUUCAAACUUACGGAUGUUAUUUGACCUCCUGUGAACUCCUUGAGCAGAGAAUAUACAUUCAAAUGGAGGAACUGCUGCCCUUGAUAUGUAAUCCUAACCCAACGUUUUAGUGAAGUGUUGUAACAAACACUACUGCGGGUUUGUGUGACUUUUGUUGAUGAUGUUAUUGUUGCAAUAUUGCCAUGUUAUAUGAAUCACAGAAAUGAGUUAUGAAUCAUCUCUCACGCACCAAAGAUGACCAUGAGGUCUGUUUGACUUCCCAUGUAUGCCACUGAUGGUAAAGUACUCUUCUGCCAAAGUGCUUGACUCACAAUCAGGGUUAUAGGUAAGGCUCAUAUGUGUGGAAUUUUGGAUGCACAGGAAUGGAGAUUUGAUUUGAUUUGUGCACCUUUCAUAUUUUUUGCUGUGAAUGUUUAGUUUCUGUGCACCUUUCUUGUUUUACCAUUUAUGUUUUGUACCAAGGUUACUUUAGUUACCUUAAGAGUUAAGGGGAUGGUCUUUAAAUGUAGAGUAUGUGCUGUUUUCUACAUUACAAGUGCCAAGUUUCCCAGGAAUAAUAUCCUGCUCUACCACAAUGCUUGCCAAAGAUGCUCAUACUUAACUAAAUAUGUUAAGAAGUUUUCCGCAACACACUAAUGCCUCUAAUCCAACUUUAUUGAUUUAGUUCAGCAAUGAUAUCAGGAAGCUUUCAAUAUGUGAUUCAACAUGACAAUUGUGAUGUAGUUCAUCACUUUCCAUGCAAACUCCCUAAGUGCUUCUGGAAAAAUCCAUGUGCUCUGCUAAAAAAGCUGAGGAAAUUAUCCAUGGUGAUUGAAAUAAAAUCUUUGGUUCUCACCCGUUUCUUGGGCACACAGUUUUCUCAGUGGCUACCUAACCAAAUAGUAGUGAGCUUUUGGAGACUUGUUGAAGUGUUGACAAAAACCUCAGCUCUAUCAGAGUGGAGGACAGUUGCAUUUUGCUGUAUGUUUCAUAUUCAUAUUCCCCGUUCAGUGGAGAUCAUUAUCAAACUGUCUGUCCUUAAUGUGGUUCAACAAAGUGUUUUUGAAGAAUAACAACACUGAGGAUUCAGAGAAUUUCAUCAAUGGAUUCUGUCUGUGUGGUCUCACUUGAACGACAGCCAAAGAACUUUAAACAGCUUUGCUAGAAAACUAAAUGGCUUUUUAUGUCUGAAACAGUGUUAUAUCACACCACUUGUUAAAAGGAAUGAUUUAUAUGUAAAGCUUUGUAACGGGGUUCAGGAUGGGCAAGGAGGAGGCGGGAACUGGCAGAACAGUCAACAUAAUAUAUUUUUUAUAUUUAUGCAUUUGGCAGACGCUUUUAUCCAAAGCGACUUACAGAGCCCUUAUUACAGGGACAAUCCCCCUGGAGCAACCUGGAGUUAAGUGCCUUGCUCAAGGACACAAUGGUGGUGGCUGUGGGGUUUGAACCAGUGUCCUUCUGAUUACCAGAUAACCAGUUAUGUGCUUAGACCACUACACCACCACCACUCCACAUAAACAUAAACACACAGACACAAACAGAGCAGCCACAUGUGUCUCACGCCCUCCUCCUCAUCACACCUCUCCACUGCUCGAGAUGUUGCCCUUCCCCGUCCUUUUGCCAGCAGGUCUUUCCCGCCUCUCUGGAGCCCUGGGAGAGACAAGGGGUGGGAGAGGGGAGAGGGAAAGCACGAGGAGAAGAGAGAGAGAGAGAGAGGAAAGAGAAAGAAAAACUUGCUCAUCUGUCCCCUGACACGCCAUCGCCUGGUCCUCAGCCACUCCUCAGCCACUCCUCUGCACUCUGGCGAAGACAGCCGCUCUUUGCCUGAUGGACAGCAGCGAGUCCUCCGACCCCUGGUGGACGGAACGGCUCCAGGGGCUCCAGGGGUCAGUUCCUCUGACUCCCGGCAUCCGGCAGCAACUCCUCAGUCCCCUGGCUGAUGGCCACGGCUUCUCCCCUGGCAGACGACAGCAACGAGGACUCCACGACAGUGCAUCCCUCCUACUUCCUGAAUUUCAGCACCAAUAUAAUGGGUAAAGGAUGGGCUAGGAGGAGGUGGGAACCAGCAGAAUAGUCAACAUAAACUUAAUGAUGUAAAUCAACUUAAACAUAAACACACAGACACACAGAAGCCACGUGUGUGUCUCUCUCUCUCUCUCAAACUGGCGUCUCUGGCUCGUCUUUAUCCCCCUCUCGGCUGAUUAGAACAAUUCAGAGCAUUCGUCCUCACAGCCUGGUCACGCCCUCCUCCUCGUCACAAGGUUUAAAAACGUUAUUCUUCAUAUGGUCAAGAAUGUUGAAAAUUAAGGCUGCUAUCGUAUAUGUGCUGUUUCAACUAUUUUAGUUAUGAGAUUUCCCAGCUCAUAUAAUGAAUGCUGCACCAGCAACAUAAAUAAUUUAACCAUAACUUUUAUUUUUAAUUUGUAUAGAGUUUGAAACCGGCUUUAACAUGCCGUCUACACCGGACACGAGUGGCAGGUUGCGUCAAAAGCAAAUAAUUUCCAUUAGAAUUAUCGAAGCGUUCUACACUGAAAGCGUUAGUUGCGACGUGACACGUUGACAGUGAACGGAUGCUGUUGCUGACAUGCUACAGAGCUUCUACAGUCACUUUAUUUUCCAGUUUGUCUGGCAAAAAAUAACUUUGCAUACAAAAUAUGGGCGGUGUAUUGGAAAGAGCGGGCGUGUCUAAUUUAACAUCUAGUGGAUGUUCCAGAAUAGCUAAAAUCACUAACAGCACCUUUAAAGCCAGUUGUGAUGUUUCUGAUCUAAUAAUUUAAAUAAUCUUUUGUUUAAAAUCACAUGUACAGGUAUACUCUGUUUUAGCAACAACAUCAUUACAAUAAUAAUCAUAGAGUAAGUAAAUGUUUAUACUAUUAGAUUACUGUUGAAAAUAAAUUAGGAUCUAACUACUUAUUCAAACAUAUAACAGCUGCUGAAGUCUAUGUGUGCUUACAGCUGAUUGGUCCGUGCUUUCUGCACAUCAUUCAGGACAUUUGCUUCGAUGCUUUCAAUCGAGAUAGCGUCAAGCCGUUGCGUCGUAUCAAUGGACGCGUCCGGUGUAGACCGAUUGUGAGAUUCUAUUGGUCCCCCUUAUGGUUUAACCUGUUACCUUGAAUGAGUAUGUUGGCAACACGUGUUUCAAAUAAAG